AUGCAAAGUUUGAUUUUAAUCAACUCCGGGUGGCUUCUACACUUCGUUCUAAGUUUUUAUCUUAUUCGUCAUAUUAAUCACCUAUUACUUCGAGGUGUACUAACAUUGAUACCCUGUAUUAUCUUGACUGAUAUUGGUGCUCGAAAUCUGCCUCCACAUGAUAUUCAAUCUGUGUUUGGCAUAGCAUGUUAUUGGAUGAUGUGCCUUCGUCUUCUUCAUUUGGUUGUUUUAUCUGUCGAUCAGUCUCAAACUUUUCUUUCCUUUCUUUGCAAAUGUUUAUGGAUUUAUUUUCCGGUAAAACCUUGUUCAGUAGAAGAAAAACAGUGGUCAGUUAUGUUUCAUUUGCUUUCGGCUGUGAUAAAAUUUCUACUUAAUCGAUUGAUACACAAAUGGUUAUUAAUAUGCGAAGCAAAUGAUAGUUAUAUACGAGUCAUGGUUUAUUUCAUAUCAAUACUGACAUUUUCCUAUGUAAUUGAUCUUGAAACAGUUCUCGUCCGAAUUAUUACUCGAGAUCAAUAUACAAUGCAAUCUUUGAACAAUAUCCCAUUCCUAUCUCAAUCAGUGCGUGAGUUUUGGGGUCAACGGUACAAUCAAAUUAUUGGUACUAUUCUCAAAGAAUCACUUUUUCAACCAUUAAAUUUGUACAUAUCUUCUCGAUCAAUUUCGUCUCUAUUGACAUUCACUGUCAGCGGUCUUUUUCACGCUCAUAUUGUUUUGGUUGUUUUCAAUGACAAAUCAUCUCUAUGGUCGACGUUCGCUGGCUUUUUCUUGAAUGGCAUCGCGUGUGGCAUGGAAACAUAUUUGCCAGCACGAUUACCAUCACUCUUUCGGUAUAUGCUGACUUAUGGUGUUCUUCUAUUCACCGCACCGAUGUGUCUCGGACCGUAUGCAGAAGAUAAAGCUGUAUAUUUUGGUGUAGAUCAAUUGUCGUCAUUCGGUGAUCGGAUUAUUUCAAUAUUGCCCGUGCCAAACAUUUGUCUUGCAUGA